GGAGCGCAUCUUCUUUAAUUUGUCGGCAAUUCGAUUUCUGGUUUUAGGAUGCGUAUUUUCUCCCGCUUGCUAUGGAAAGAGGAGAUUUUCCUCUGCGAGGCUUUCUCUUUCUUUCAUUUCAUCGGAUCUCGUCUAUAUGUACUUCAAUUUGCCGUAGAUGUAUCUUGGCCAUGAAGAAGGUUUCUCACUUCAGUUCUAUUGCUAACUAUGUCUAGAUUCGUAUACCGCUUCACAAGUGAUGUUCGGUCGAUCCUCAAGGUGCAUGAUAGUCGUCGAAGAGCUUUGGUUAGUGUUCCUCCCAAUGGCUCAAAUGUUUUUCCUUGGUUGUGGUGCUUUGUAUUAAUUAAUUAAAUAAUCAAUUAAUUUGUCCAUACUCUCAAGAACAACCGAAUCGGAUACAAUAAAAGAUUAAAACUUAUUUAAAAAAUUUUGUAUUCACUUGAUUAAUUGGCAGCUGUCCUUGCAAUUCACAAAAUAAAAUAAAAAUAUUAUACUUCUCAACUUCAAAUGUCGUUAUUUCAAAGGCAUAACCUCUGCACUUACGCACCUAAUAUUCCCUAAACCCAUGUGAUUUUCCAGCAUCAAUCUUAACUACAAAAACUGCAUAUAUACAUGUCCUGUAAUAAAUCUGUCACUAAUCUCUUGGGACUGGAGUUAAACCACCAUGUCUGAAGCAGCGGAAGCGCCAGUGAGCUCCACAGGAUCUCCGGCCAAGUAUGUGCAAGAAAUGUCCAGAGAUGGUGAUGAGCCACCUCCAAGAUAUAUUGUUAAACAGAUUCCCAACUCGUCUCCUCCAUCAGCCCCCGUUCCUGUCAUCGAUCUCAGCCAACUGUCUUCUCCAGAAGAGCUCGGAAAACUCAGAUCAGCCCUCAGCUCCUGGGGUUGCUUCCAGGCUAUAGGACAUGGGAUUUCCAGCUCAUUCCUAGACAAGAUACGACAUGUCACAAAACAAUUCUUUGCACUUCCGACAGAUGAGAAACUCAAGUAUGCUCGUGAAACCUACGACAUGGAAGGCUAUGGAAACGACCCUGUUCUUUCUGAUAAGCAAGUUUACGACUGGUGUGAUCGUCUCUUCCUUAAUCUAAUCCCACAAGACUCAAGAAAGCUUCACCUUUGGCCUGCCAAUCCAUCUGAAUUUAGAGAAGUAUUGGAUGAGUAUUCUGUGAACAUGAAGCUGAUAGUGGAGCUUCUCCUCAAGGCGAUGGCAAGAUCAUUGAAUCUAGAGGAGGAUUGCUUCUUGAAACAAUAUGAAGAUAAAGAACUUAUGGCUGCAAGAUUUAAUUAUUAUCCUGCAUGUCCAAAGCCAGACUCAGUUCUUGGAGCUAAAGCUCAUUCUGAUGGAUCUGCUAUAACGAUUCUUUUACAAGAUCAAGAGGUGGAAGGUCUUCAAAUGUUCAAAGAUGAUCAAUGGUUUAGAGUUCCAAUACUCCCUCAUGCUUUCGUCGUCAAUGCCGGAGAUCAGAUCCAGAUAAUGAGUAAUGGGAUCUUCAAGAGCCCAUUGCACAGAGUAUCAACAAGUUCAGAGAAGGACAGAAUAUCACUGGCAGUGUUCCACUUGCCAAAUCCAGAAGUGGAGAUUGAACCAGUCAAAGGUUUGAUUGAUGAAAAAUGGCCACAGCAGUACAGGAAGCUUAAAAAUUAUUCUGCCAUCAACUUUGAAUGCUUCCAAAAUGGGAAAAUUGCACUGGAAACUGUUAGAAUAUAACUCCCAGAAAUUAUUAUUUUCUUAAUGUAAUUCAUCUGUGAGUGGGUAUUUUAGCAUAUCCUUCAAGGCAUAUACCAGGGUUGAGCUUGUUUUCUGUGCUUAAUUACUAAUUAAUGAAGCCCUAAUUUUCACC